UCAACUUUUGGUUCCGAACUACAACACGACAUCGUUUGGACUUUGGAGGGUUGCGAAUGAGCCUGCUGGAUUCACCCUAGGGAAAAGCGGGAGUUGGGGGCGGAGUGAUGGAGGUAGACCCGUACGACAUCGCGCCGUGCUCUUCCCUUGCCGUUUCUUCAAUCGUCAACGUCGGAACGGCUGGUGCCAUUUGGGGUUUAUGCUCCGCUCCCCACGAUGCUCAUAAAUUCGGCCUGACUGGAAUAAAUCGAGCUGGGUUUGUGGCAAACUCGGUUGCCAGGUGUACCUUUCAAUGUGCACUUAUUGCUGGAAUUUCUACUUCUGUUCACUGUGGAAUGCAAAGAUAUCGGGGGAAGGAUGAUUGGGUGAAUGGUUUGGUUGCUGGGGCUAUGGCAGGGGGAGCUAUUGCUGCUCUAUCAAGAAGCUGGAAACAGGUGAUACCUACAGCUUGUCUGGUUUCUGCGUUGAAAAUUGCCGCCGACUAUGGUAGAAAAAAUGUGAAUACUUCUUGAUGGAAGACUGGUGGAACAAGGUUGUUCUGUCCCUAAAUUUGUGCGUAGAUUAGCACUCAUGAUCAGCAAGUGAUCAUUGUAUGACAAUUAAAUUCUUUGUUCUAGUUCUCAUUCGCUUCAUGAAAAUAGUAGCUGGAACCAAAAAGAAUAUAUUUUCUUUUUCAA